GUAAAAGAAAACUUGACUAAUGUUCGGUUGUGAAGCCUUCCAUGAUGAAUUGCAUGAUUAUAAAUAAGUUACUUGUAUUAUUUGCUCACCAUCUAUGAGAGUUUAUUUUCUUGAUAUUCAGAUAGAUUUUCCGUGAGAUCAAAGAAGGGAUUCUGUUUUAGAUUUGAAAUGGAGAAGGCAAUGUAUGUUGGUGUUUUGGUAGUGUUAUUGUUUAGUGUGGCUUGUGCAGAUUUGCAAGGAGAUGAAACAGAAUGUGCAACUGCUCUACAAGAUCUGACGCCGUGCAUUGGAUUUUUGGAAGGGAUGGGGCAACAGCCUACAAGUGAUUGUUGCAGCAAUGUUAGGCAAGUUCGGAACAGCAAUCCAUGGUGUUUGUGUCUUUUGAUAAAAGAUAUCUCAGAUCCUUCGACAGGGCUUGCUCUUAACCAGACACUCAUUACUCAAAUGCCCACUCUCUGUCAAGUCACAGGCAAACUCUCCGAUUGCAUAGGUAUUUUGAAAUUAACUCCAUCAUCUCCUGGUGCUCAAAUUUUUGAAAUGGGCUAUGCUUCUCCUUCUCCUUCUCCAUCUCCAUCUCCAUCACCCUCCUCUGGACUAUCCCAUUCUGAAUCCUCAUGGAGUUAUAGGAUGCAACCAUGUCUAUGGCUAAGUGGAUUUGUUGUGUUGGCAGCUUUAUGGUUUACCUCAUUUCAAUUGUAGAUAGGAUAAUUUCAUUCAAGCUCCUGAUGCAUAUUUACAAUUCAAUAUUUGGAAUAAAAAUGUAGCAUAUUCUUAAUUCUAAUAAAGGAAAGUCAUUGCAGGCUCAUGAGAGCAUUAGUCAUU